CUUAACAAACCAGGCGUGCAAGGAGAUAGGGAAGCGUGUGAGAGCGUGUGCAUGUGGGUCUCUUUCACCCUCACGUGCUCCUCUACACAUUUGGGAUCCUAGGGCUUGGCACCUUUCCCCUGGGACCCCCCUGCACCCCUCUGUCUUUCUCUCUCUUUCCGCGGUCUCCUCUUCUCCAGCAGUCACCAUUUCGGCUCCCGGCAGACCCACGCUGGCUGCCCAGCCACUCCCGCGCCUCAGCCUGGGCAGGAAGACCCUGGUAGCGGCCGCUGUAGGGGUCAUGCUGGUGCUGGUGCUGGUGGUGCUCAUCCCUGUGCUGGUCAGCUCCGUGAGCAAUGACAACAGCCACUACGAGAUGCUGGGCACCUGUCGAAUGGUGUGCGACCCGUACCAGAACAAGGGCACAACCACGGGCAUCACCAGCACCGGCUCUUCUGUGCAGGCCGAGGCCGAGGCUCUGGCCGACCACAGCAACAUGCCUCCACCGUCCACGCUCCUCCAGGGGCCACAGGGGAAGCCGGGCCGGCCAGGCAAACCCGGACCUCCGGGGCCACCAGGGGAGCCAGGGCCCCCGGGUCCGAUGGGGCCCCCGGGGAACCGGGAGGACAGUGGCCGAAACGGGGUUCUGAGUCUUGACAAGGAUGGAGCUAUCAGCACAGUUACAUACAACACGCACCCACGGGUGGCUUUCUACGCGGGACUGAAAAACCCUCACGAGGGCUAUGAGAUCCUCAAGUUUGACGAUGUGGUCACCAACCUCGGCAACAAUUAUGAUGGCACUUCGGGCAAGUUCAUCUGCAGCGCUCCGGGCACGUAUUUCUUCAUCUACCACGUCCUGAUGAGGGGAGGUGACGGCACCAGCAUGUGGGCUGACCUGUGCAAAAACGGACAGGUGCGAGCCAGCGCGAUCGCUCAGGAUGCUGAUCAGAACUAUGACUACGCCUCAAACAGUGUGAUUCUGCAUCUGGACGCUGGCGAUGAAGUCUACAUCAAACUGGAUGGUGGCAAAGCCCACGGGGGCAACAACAACAAAUACAGCACCUUCUCUGGCUUCAUUCUUUACGCCGACUGAAUAUAUGAGCGUAAGAGAGGAGUGGGAAAGAAAGAGAUAUAGUGAAAGGAAAAAGGAAGUGAAGGAAGGAGCAUCCAUCAUCCCAGAGCUUUAUUUUAAUCAGGAUCUUUCCAUUUCUUCAGCACACAUUUUCACAGAAAGAGACUCAUUGGAGUUAGGUUCAGUAGCUUUUCUUCGAAUCACCUUAUUGUUCGAUGAAAGACGAGGAAAUAAGGUGAUAAAAGUGACAUUUUUCUCUUUCGAUUUGUUGAAAGGGAAUCUUUGCUUUUCUUGUUUUAAGACUCCAAGAGUGACUGGCAGAGAUCUUUAACCUCAUUAUCAUGUGCUUUUUCUCACCAACACUGUCUUUAUUCACAAAUAUCUAAUGUUAAAACUAUCCCCUGGCUGGCACCCUGUUGAAAAAAGUAUUUAUAUAAUUGUAACGCACAUGUCCAAUUUGAUUUCUCCUUACCUCUGCAUUGGACAAAGCACCCCCUGUUGGCUACUGUUGGUUACUGAUUUCCAUCUGCAUUCUUUCCAUGUGUGUUGUACUUCAUUGGGACUGAAUGAAUGUCAUUCCUUGAAAGCACAUUAUACUCAAUUUAAACAACUGAUACUCUUUUACAAUAACUCCUUCCCUCCCCUGUCAAUUAGCACUCGACCCUAAACUCCCUCCUCUCAGCCACCUUCUGCCCCCCUGCGCUCCUGCGGAAACUGCAGAUGACUUUCUUUUUAUUUUGGACAUGAGUGACAGUAAAUGAUGCUUAUAUUUUAGAGACUGCUUAUAUAUUAGUUAACUUAAAGUAGAAUGAAUGGAGAGCCUGUGAUUGACAAAAAAAAAAAAA